CUCCCAUCCAGCGAUUGGAGGAGCACGAGUGCAGUGCAGUUUCUCUUCCAGAAUCUCUACUGCAUCCACCAGUUCCUGCUGCUGGGGCAAGAGAACCGUGAUUGCCAAACGUCACACAGCCGUACCUUUGAAGCCGAGCCUCCUCCUUCCUCUUCCUCCCUCUUGCCUUGCCGGUUCUCUGACAGCCUUUGACUCCACUGUUUGGCAACAAAGACUGUGUGGAAUUCUGGGGUGGCCAUGCAGCCGGCAGAGAAUGCCUGAUGCCCGUCCCUGUUUUGCUGCCUUUCCCGAAGGGCCAUGCAGUGUCUCAGAAGGCAGCCCAAGCUCAGCAAAUCCCAGGAAGACCUGUUGCUGGAAGAGAGCCGGAGAGUAGCCGCUCUGAAUGGGAAGCGACUGGGCUUGCAAGACGACGAUGACCUCAGGUUCCUCCUGAGGGGGAGCCAUCUGCUGAAAGUCAAGUCCAAUUCUUGGCGAAGAGAGAGGUUCUACAAGCUCCAGGAAGACUGCAAGACCAUAUGGCAGGAAUCCAAGAAAAUGCUGAGGUCGCCUGAGGCACAGCUCUUCUCCAUAGAGGAUAUCCAGGACGUGAGGGCAGGCCACAAGACGGAAGGGAUGGAAAAAUACGCCAAGGAUGUGCCCGAAUACCGCUGCUUUUCUAUCAUCUUCAAAGACCAGAGGAAAAACCUGGACCUCAUAGCGACCUCUGAGGUAGAUGCCAACCACUGGGUUGCAGGCCUGAGGAAGAUCAUCGUUAAGACCAACUCUAUGAGCCAACGGCUGAAAUUACAACACUGGAUCCACUCCUGCUUGCGGAAGGCGGAUAAGAACAAAGACAACAAGAUGAGCUUUAAAGAGCUCAAGAAUUUCCUGAAAGAAGUCAACAUCCAAGUCGACGACAACUACGCCUGGCAGAUCUUUACGAAAUGCGACACAUCCCAGACAGAGACCUUGGAAGAUGACGAGAUUGAGGAAUUCUAUAAGAUCCUGACCAAGAGGGAAGAAAUUGACCUGAUCUUCUCAGAGCACUGCAAUGCUGACAAUAUCAUGUCGCUGGACGCUCUGGCUAGAUUCCUCAAAGAAGUACAACGUGAGGAGGAUGCUGGACCAGAAAUGGCACUCUCUCUGAUUGAGAGAUAUGAACCCAAUGAAACUGUCCGAAGACAAAGGGCCAUGACCAAAGAUGGCUUCCUGAUGUAUUUGCUGUCUGCUGACGGGAACAUCUUCAAUAAACGCCACAGCGGGAUAUACCAGGACAUGACGCAGCCCCUCAGUCACUACUACGUGUCGUCUUCACACAACACCUACCUCAUGGAGGACCAACUGACAGGGCCCAGCAGCACAGAGGCCUACAUCAGAGCCCUGACCAAAGGCUGCCGCUGUGUGGAACUGGAUUGCUGGGAUGGACCUAAUUCGGAGCCAGUCAUUUACCACGGCUACACGCUCACCUCCAAGAUCCUCUUUUCCGAUGCCAUCAAAGCCAUCAAGAACUACGCCUUCAAAACCUCUCCUUAUCCGAUCAUCAUUUCCCUGGAGAAUCACUGCAGUCUCGAGCAGCAGAAGAUGAUAGCUCACCACAUGAAAAACAUUUUUGGAAACAUGUUGCUGAUGGCUCCCAUUGAUUCAAAUAUGUCAGACUUCCCUUCUCCAGAGCAAUUAAAGGGGAAGAUUCUUGUGAAAGGAAAGAAACUGAGCCCAGAAUCUGAAGAUGUCUCAGAUGAGGAUGAAGCCGCUGAAAUUGAAGAUGAAUCUGUGAAGAGAGAGGUGGAAAAGAAGAGGAUGAGUGACAAGCUGAAGCUGGCCAAAGAGCUGUCUGAUACUGUUGUCUACUGCAAAAGUGUCCACUUCGAGAGUUUUGAUGUUGCAGCUCCUCAGCCCUUCAAUGAAAUGUGCUCUUUCAGUGAAGGCAAAGCUUUGAAGCUGGCUCAGGAAUCUGGAACCAACUUCAUUCAUCACAACACCAAGCAUCUAAGCAGGAUCUAUCCAGCAGGAUGGAGGACGGAUUCAUCCAACUAUAACCCAGUUGACAUGUGGAAUGUUGGUUGCCAGAUAGUUGCCUUGAAUUUUCAGUACAAGGGUGCAGAAAUGGACGUCCACCAGGGUCGAUUUCAAGAAAAUGGCUUUUGUGGGUAUGUCCUAAAGCCAGAAUUUCUUCGGGAUGAGCAGUCCACAUUCAAUCCCAAGGCAGUCGCCAAAGGGCCAUGGUGGACUCAGAAGAAGCUCCAGGUUAAGGUCAUCUCCGGCCAGCAGCUGCCCAAGGUGAACCAAAGGAAGAACUCUAUCGUGGACCCGAGGGUGAUCGUGGAAAUCCAUGGAGUCCCGCGGGACAAUGACAAGAAACAAACAAAAGUCAUUGAUAACAAUGGUUUUAACCCAAGGUGGAGUGAAGCAUUUGAAUUCAGCAUAGAUGUCCCUACCCUUGCCCUGGUUCGUUUCAUGGUGGAAGAUUUUGACACAUCCACGAAGAACGAUUUCAUCGGGCAGUAUACAGCCCCCUUCACGAGCCUAAAACAAGGCUAUCGUCACAUUCAUCUCUUGUCGAAGAAUGGAGACCAGUUCCCAUCCGCCACCCUCUUUGUGCACAUCCACAUUCUGGACAAGAACUAGCCGCAGAAGCUGCUCUGACUGCUCAGGGGGUCGAUCUCCCCAUUCAGAACCGACUUGGGCCACCCGGCUGGGAGGACACACUCCAAACGCUCCACUGGACUCCUGCCUGCGUGGAAUCCCUGCGGCCUGGCUGUGACCUCGGCUGCCAAAGCAGCUGCCAUUCAUGCCGCGGUGCAGGCUGACUUUGUGCACUGAGGCUGAACAUCUCAUGGGAACCUGCUGUUAACACUGCUUUAAAAGGGCCACCUUCAGUGCAUGUGAUUCAUGUCAGUUUGAAAAACUUGCCAGUCCCCUGAGCUUAGCUGCUGUUUCUUGCGGGGGGUGAGAAAGGAGGUCACUACCUUUCGCACAGUGAGAAGCAUUUAAGAAGAUAGGGCUAUACAAGUGGCAAUAAGGCCAGGGCAUACAUAUCAUCACCUGCUCUCCUAUAGUGUUUCUGGAGCUUUUAGCUGGUCCAUAGCUGGCUUCAGGCAUCCUCUGGGCCAGAUUUCAGAUUUGGGCCCAUCCUACAGCUCUCUAUCCUUCCCUCUGCUUCCCAGGGCUCUACUUUAGGUGAUGGUUUCUGCUUAGUUGGUGCUGCUUGUCAAGGCACACCAUGACUUCCUCCUCUCAACUUUCAGGUUUGGGGUUUUAACAAGUUGCUAGCCCUUAUGUUUACAAAGAUGAGCUUGAAAAUACUUGGGAGACAUCUCAGAAGCCAGCGAAGUUGCUGAACAAUAGGAGUAUGCAUUUUAGCCACUUUGUAGACUCUGCACUAAAAUGCAGCAGUAAUGGAAAAUUCUGCAAGAAGAAAAACUGCAUUCUGAGAUCUGCAUAAAUCAAAUCACAUUUGCAUCAAAUUAUUUCGCACAAACUUUUAAUUCUGCUUCUCCCAUUCAGGAGGUGGGAACUAGAGCCUUCUCUUCUCCCAACCAUGAGAAAUCCUAUUUUAUUUAUUUAAUUUUAUUCUUAAAUUUUAUAUCCCGCUCUUCCUCCAAGGAGCCCAGAGCAGUGUACUGUGUACUUAAGUUUCUCCUCACAACAACCCUGUGAAGUAGGUUAGGCUGAGACAGACGUGACUGGCCCAGAGUCACCCUCGGGUCUCCCCGGUCCUAGUCCAGCACUCUAACCACUACACCACGCUGGCUCUGAGACUUCAGCCACCUGGUUUCUGAGACUUCAACGACGGUUGCUCUCAUAUUUUAAAGCCUAUUGGAGAAACUGAAGGCUAGCUACUUCUAUAUUACACACAUCCCUUGAACUCGAGACUUUCAAGAAGCUGUUUCCUUAGGCCAAUACUACAUUAUGUGUUCUUUACUUUACCAAUGUGGAAUAGUAGCAUACAGAGAUCCCUGAUUUUAUCACAGCUAAGCGUGUGAUUGAUUUUAAUCACAUAAACUCUAUCCUCACAUUUCUCAGGAGUAAUGCCAGAAUCUGCAAUCAGCAUCUUGAAUUUUGAGGUUGAAUGCAGGACAUCAUGUUCUGAAUAGCUGGAUACUUCUUCUUCUUCUUUUUUUUAAAUGAACUGUAAUAUAUGUGAUCUUGUACAAAAUAAUUUUUAGAUGAAGAGAAGAUGCAGGGCAAUUGUACAGUGUUUGUCCUCUUAGAAGCCCUGAAACUGCAUUGUAACUGGGUUAAAAAUAUAGACAUAUACAGAGGUUGUAGGCCAUUUGUCAGAGACAACUGAUGUCAGUGGAAAUUCAUAAUAACAAAUUCAGAUGUUAACAACAGAUGCCUAUUCGCCAAGAUCAUAAGGUUACUGUUAAAUCUCAGUAUGUGAAAUAAUGCAAUUCUAUGUUCCUUGCAUUUGGUUCCUAAUCAUUGGUGUUUGGGAGAAUGCUGAGCUGUAUUUGAGGGUUUCCUUGAAGUGAUGGGAGCAAGAGGCUUCCGGAGGACUGGGGAAACCACACCUUCGGAAGCUUUGGUAUUGCAUAGUUUGAUGUUAUAUUUAGGACUCCCACCAUUGGGUCUCUUUACAUUACAUGUGAAAUACACACUACGAUGUCCACAGGCUCAGUCUAGCCAACUUAAGCACUUUUAAGUCCAAUGGGGGAGAUCUACACACGUACCUAGCUCUUCCAGUGAAAAUGAUGAGACAAAUGUGCUUAAAUUUGGUCUUUGCUUCAUGCCUUGUUUUCCUUUCCCAUACUUCUUAUAGAGCAAAUUAUAAAAACACUAUUUUACAGAAGACUUUCCCCCUAAGACUCUGUUAUGAAUUCACCCUCUGAAACUGACUUUAGAUUAAAAGGAUGGAAACAGGGUUCCCCACACCCACCAUUGAGUGGAACCCACUUAAAUGAGUUAUGGUAGCUGAGGAAGUGUUUACAUAAAAUCUGUUUUCAUGAGCAUCACCCAAGUCUUGGAUCCACCUCAGGUCUGUUUACAUCAUUCAUCCCGAGGCUGUAGCGAGGAGACUGAUUUGGAAAUAAACAAGGGUCUUCAACUUACUUCAGGAUGCAUGGAUUUGUAAAUAGCAGCAGUGGACUUCACCCUGUUGGCCAGGUUGUAGUUCCACAUGAAAUAGAUGGGCUUGGGAAUGACCCGAAAGAGCAACGUGGUGUGGGUGACCUACCUUGAGUUCCUUGUCAAGACAAGAGUUGUUCUCAGGGUAAUUCGAUUCCCAGUUGGGUUAAUAUGCUGUGAUCCAGGGGCUCAUAUGCCAGCCAAGGUAUCAUUUGACUUCCUGUCUUGGCCCUCCUUAACACACAAAAUGGCUACCUCCAGUUCUGUGGCUUUGAGAGUUGAGACCCGUUUUAUCACAAAAUGGCAGCCUUCUUUGAUCAGAGAAUGGAUUUCUGCUCAUAGUAGGCCUGGGCAGGGACAACCCAAGCUUUGUAGCACCUGAGAUGGGGCACAAAAUGUUGCCUUGCCCCACAUGCCUGGUGAGGGCCAGACCUCUUUGAACAGGAUGGAUAGGGCAGUAUAGAAAUGUAAUAAAUAAAUAAGAACCCUUGAAAGUACAUGCGGGGGCAGGGAGGAGGAAAGGUGGCCAGCAGACUCCUCUUCUCGUGUUUCUUGCAAGCAAGUGAGGAGAGCUAAAGGUCAGGUGGGUCACCAAGAGCUGUUCUAAUGGCCUCUUGCUGGUGCCCCAAUAAAUCUGCCAUCUGGGGUGAUGCCUUACCUUGCCUUAUGAAAGAGUCACCCCUGGGGCUGGGGCAACCAAAGUGCCUUGUGGGGGUGUGUGUGACAGCUGGUCAUCAAGUGACCCCCUGGGACAUACAAAACAAUGAGGUUAUUCACACAAUUAAAACUGUGUUCUACCUGGGUUUGGAAGCUGUAUGUGCUCCCGAUUUUCAGUUGUGUGGAAGUAAGGUGGGAGAAAAACCUGGGUAGCUUUUCCUCCUACCAUGUGCCCACCACACGGUUGCCUCUACCCAGGUUUUCCUCCUCCCUUGCUUCCACACAACCGGAAAUUGGGAGCACACACAGCUCCCAAACCCAGGUAGAACACAGUUUUCGAUUGACCUCAGUAUUGCCUUAGCCCAGUAACCAAACCUGAUCCUGUGCUUUGGACGUUAUGCUGUGCCUUAAAAGUGGUUUGAAAAAUCUUCCAUGGGCAACUUUCACAAAAGAUGCUCUGAAUGUGUUAACUGAGAAUCUGUAUCUGAAACUGUUCUCUUUUAUGUAAAAUAUCAUGUUUUCUCAAAGCAACCCAGUGGAUGUCAGGAAUCCUCCGCCUUACUCUCAACCCUUCCUACCUGUGGAUUUGCAAAGAUAUGCAAUAAACAUCAUAAUAUUCCCUUAAAAAUGUUGAUGCCAUGUUGUGGAAGCUGUUUUGUCUUCAGGUAGCAUCUCUUAGGAUCAGGACCUUAUAAACAUUACAGCCUUAUUCUUUCUGUGUAGAUGACAAUCACAAGGUGAUAAGCUAAAAAAAAAAAAGCAAUACUUCUGUGAAAUGAUGAGUAUUUUAUACCACACCUUUUUUAAAAAAACAAACAAAGCUAAUGUGUUAGAGAAAUGAUGAUAGUAUGAUAUAAAUAAUAUAUUUUCACUGUCAUGAUUAAAAUGGAAAGAUACAGAAUAACUUA